AUGGGACUUUCAGCUUUUGUAUUGCAUCUUUUUCUAUGCAGUUUUGCAUUGUUCUUGAGUGCUUCUUCAUGGGAACUUGACUAUAAGAUCAAGGCACUUCAAGAUGCUGACCGUAUUCUAGGACUUCCUGGCCAACCUCCGGUGAAGUUCCGGCAAUAUUCUGGAUAUGUUACAGUUGAUGAAACUUAUGGGAAGGCACUUUUCUAUUGGUUCUUUGAAGCAACAAAUCAGCCUGAAAAGAAACCUCUCCUUCUGUGGCUCAAUGGAGGUCCUGGAUGCUCAUCUGUUGGGUUUGGUGAAGCUCAAGAGCUCGGCCCAUUUUUGGUGAAGGAAGGCCCAUCAAUAGUAUUCAAUAAUUACACUUGGAAUAAAGCUGCAAAUUUACUAUUCUUGGAUUCUCCGGCCGGCGUUGGAUUUUCAUAUGCUAAUACAAGUCUUGAUGUUCAAGGAGAUAAUAUGACGGCCUUGGAUGCGCACACAUUUCUCCUAAACUGGUUCAAGAGAUUUCCACAAUACAAGUCUAGUGAAUUCUACAUAGCAGGAGAAAGCUAUGCAGGCCAUUAUGUACCACAACUUGCUGAAGUUAUCUUCGAUAAGAACAAGAAUUCCACAGAGGACACUUACAUAAAUCUUAAGGGUUUCAUGAUUGGAAAUGCAUUAUUGGAUGAUGAAACUGAUCAGAAAGGAAUGAUAGAUUAUGCAUGGGAUCAUGCAAUAAUCUCAGAUGGGGUGUACAACUCAAUCAAGAGAAACUGUGAUUUUACCACAAAUCUGACUGAAGAAUGCUGGGAUUCAUUAUUGAAGUACUAUAAUGUCUACAAAAUCAUCGAUGUGUAUAGCUUGUAUUCUCCAACUUGUCCUCUGGAUCAACCCUUUGCCAAGUCUACAAAUAUGUUUGCAGUCCCAAAAUCCCUGAAGACAAUCGAUAUUCUGCGUAGAAUUCCAGCAGGAUAUGAUCCAUGUACGAUGAAUCAUGCAACAGAUUAUUUCAAUCUUCCAUAUGUUCAGGCAGCACUUCAUGCUAAUGUAACCAACAUACCAGGACCAUAUGUCCUUUGCAAUAAUGAUGUGAACAGUGCCUGGCAAGAUUCGGCCACUUCAAUCUUACCAGUAAUAAAGAAGCUCAUCAAUGGGGGCAUUCGCGUAUGGGUCUUCAGUGGAGACACAGAUGGUAGAGUUCCAGUGACCUCAACCAGGUAUACCUUAAAUAAGCUUGGACUGAACAUUACUGAAGAUUGGACUCCAUGGUAUAACCACAGAGAGGUUGGAGGCUGGACAAUUACCUAUGAUGGGUUGACAUUCAUAACAGUGAGAGGAGCAGGUCACCAAGUUCCUACAUACGCUCCAAAGCGUGCUCUUCAACUCGUCAGACACUUCCUAGCCAACACGAAACUCCCAUCUGUUGCUUUUUAA